AUGCCUGGAUCGUUCGCAGCCAUCGUGGCCAUACGGGUUUCGACCGGGCUGCUUUCAAGCAUCACCAGCAUCCUUCUCAAUCUUGGCGUCAUCUUGUGGGAUCUCCUUUUGACCGCUUAUAACGCAGUCGCAUCCCCACGACCUGCGGACCGGGUCGUCCCAGAGGGAUGUCCGGGCGCGGGAGGGCUCUGGCCGCUGUACGUUGCGCCAACGGACGCAGACAGCAGGAGCUCCUGCCCGGCACUGAAUGCUAUGGCUAACCACGGGAUCCUGCCGCACUCCGGGCGAGCUAUUCCAUUCAGGCAGCUGUUCUCCACCAUCCGCUCCACGUACAACUUCUCGCCCAGCUUCUGCUUCUUCGUUCCCCACUUUGCUGCGCAGAUGCUGGAUAGGGAUUAUUGGACGGAUUCGUUCGACUUGAGUGACCUCAACGUGCACAAUGGCAUUGAGCACGAUGCCUCGUUGACGCGCGAAGACACUUACCACAUGAGCGACCAGUUGAGGCCCGUGGCCAGCCUCGUCGAUGAUCUUCUAGCGAAUGGCACCGGGCCAGGAGGGGACCUGACCCCCGGAGAUCUCUCCCGGGUCUUGGGCAAGCGGCGUACGCACGCAAAGCUCACAAACGGGCAGUUCAGCCUUUCAACGUUCCACAAGAUGUUCGGGAGUUCCAACUCUUCGACGCUCCUAACCAUUUAUGGCGGGCACGUCAAGGACCUCCGUCCGAUCUUGCUCGAGGAGCGCAUUCCUGAGGGGUGGCAGCCGCGCGUGCGCAGCCCGAUGGGCCUGACACUCACGGAAUUUAACGCGACAGUACUAAAGGUUGAGCUUGGGAUCGAGGAGGAGGCGCGGGCAGGUUUCAGGGCGUGGUCGAAGUUGUUCGCGGGAACCGAAGGAAAGAAAUUCAUCUGA